AUGGGUUCCCAUGCUCUCAUAGACAGCAAUUUGACCGAUCUGCCGUUGGUAUCAAAGGGCAAGGUCCGCGACAUAUACGCCACUUCCGACCCGACUCUCCUGCUAUUCGUCGCGUCGGAUCGUAUAUCCGCAUACGACGUGAUACUUCGCAACGGCGUGCCCGACAAGGGGAGGGUCCUCACGAAAAUCUCCUUGUUCUGGUUCGAGAAGCUCAAGCAUGUCAUCCCGACGCACUUCGUGACCGCAGACAUCGACGCGAUGCCUGUGGAGGUCAGGAAAUACAAGGACGUGAUCGAGGGCCGUGCGAUACUCGUCAAACAAGCGAAGGUCUUACCCCUAGAAGCUAUCGUUCGGGGCUACAUCACAGGCUCUGGAUGGGCGGAGUACAAGAAGUCGGGCACCGUUCACGGGAUCCCCCUUCCUGCCGGCCUAAUGGAAUCGCAGAAACUGCCGGAGCCCCUCUUCACACCGUCGACCAAGGCUGAGCAGGGCGAGCAUGACGAAAACAUCUCCCCAGAAAAAGCCGCAUCGAUCAUCGGCGCAGAGCUCUACGCCAAGGUCGAGAAAGCUGCGCUCCAGCUCUACAAGGAGGCGGCGGAUUACGCCCUCACCAAGGGCUUGAUUCUCGCGGACACCAAAUUCGAGUUCGGCCUCGUCCCCUCAGCUGACGGGGGUGAAGAGGAACUGAUCCUAGUUGAUGAGGCCCUGACGCCUGACUCAUCGCGCUACUGGCCUGCUGCGUCGUACAAGCCCGGAGGGGGCCAGCCGAGCUUCGACAAGCAGUACCUGCGCGACUGGCUUACGAGGGCAGGCUUUAGGAAGGGGCUAGAGAGAGGGCCGGAAGGUAAGGAGGGGGAGGGGUGGGUGAUGGCGGAUGACGUGGUCGAGGGGACGAGGAAACGAUACUUGGAGGCGUUGGAGAUACUCACUGGGGAAGGGCUGUAA